UUUAUUUGAUUUAAUUAUUCGCUACUAGGUUCAUGGAUUCAUCUAAGGUUAAACACCCACAAUAUACAUACUUACCAUUUGGCGAGGGCCCACGGAAUUGUUUGGGAAUGAGAUUUGCUUUGUUGGAGAUCAAGUUAUGCAUGGCUAAUAUAUUACAUCACUACAAAUUUAGAACUCAUUCAACAACAAAAGUGCCUUUGGAAUACAAGAAAUACUCAGUGUUCCUCAGUGUUACCGAACUACCUUUGGCUUUAGAGAAAAUUAAUCCAAGUGCGGAUUCAACAUUGUAAAAUUGAGAAUGCGCACUGCUUCAUAUUUUCACCUGUGAG